GGCUUCGGCAGGCUGAGCCCUUUGUGACGAAGACACUCCAGCAGGCGCCAGCGGCAGCUGAGGUCUGCCGCUUCAUUUUCCAAGGCUUUGUUCGCCAAGACACCGUAACUCAAUUUUUUAAGCUUUAGCGGUGAAACUUGUUUUGCAUCAACCAUCAAGCUUUAGUGCAUUUAGAGGCAUAGUUUGGAUGCACUUGGACAAAGGCCAGAAUUGGACCAAGCCCUUAUUUGCGCUUUAUCAAGACAUCGGCCUUUUUGUUUUGUUUACCUUCUGUGGAACCUCUUUGCUCAUGGGACUGUAUCAGUUGUUUUUGCCAUCCAGCGAUGGCGUACAUCUUCAGUGAUGUCCCUUGAUCGAGUAUCAGGUUCUAUUGGCAUGACCCAUCUAGGUAAGGCCACACCAAACCUGUGGGGUAAUAGACACUUUUCAUGUAAUCAGCUCCGCGCUUGGGUUAGUGUGAGGUUACAGGGCCAGAACUGCUGACAUCCAAUUGUACCCUACGCACAAACCCACUGGGUCUGAUGGUGACGUCUCCGAAGCUCAAUCAAUCCAAAAUAGGGGAGCUGCCACAGGUGGCUGCACAGUCAUUGGUUCUUAAAUAAUGAAUCAUUUCAAUAGAUAGAGGGAGGAAAGCAAUGGAGUCUUCUCUCCCUCUGCCACCACCUGUCACUCCGAUCACUGGGGGAAAAACCUCAGAGUUAAAAAAUAAAAGCUACAUUGAAGACAUCUGACCAGAUGUUGAAAAGAAACGGAGACAUAAGAAGCUUGAGAAAGGAAAGUAAUUUCAGAAAAGGACAGUGAGUGACUCAAAUUCAGGAUUGUGAAAGGCCCAGACAGAGCAGGCAGUUAUAGCAAAGGAGUGGCCCUUGACGUGAGAAAGAAGACAUAGACAAGGGUAAAGGUCAGUUUCAGGUGGUCAGAAGACAUCAAGAGCAGCCAUCAUGGUCAACACAGGCAUGCAAUUGAUCAGCUUCACCUGUGCGGUAACAGGUUGGGUCAUGGCCAUCGCUGUGACGGCCUUGCCUCAGUGGAAGGUGUCCGCCUUCAUCGGCAGCAACAUCCUCACCUCCGAGAUCAAGUGGGAGGGCAUCUGGAUGAACUGCAUCUACCAGGCCACGGGCCACAUGCAGUGCAAGACCUACGACUCCAUUCUGGCUCUGCCCCCGGACCUCCAGGCAGCUCGUGCCCUCAUGUGUGUGGCAAUUUUCCUGGGCUGGCUGUCCUGCACCGUGUCCUGCUGUGGAAUGAAAUGCACCACGUGCGCUGGUGACGACCGCCGCGCCAAGGCAGGCAUCGCCCUCUCCGGCGGCGUGCUAUUCAUCCUGACGGGCCUGUGCGUGCUGGUGCCAGUCUCCUGGACCGCCAACACUGUGGUCCAGGACUUCUACAACCCCAAAGUUCCUGUCAUGUACAAGCGAGAGCUGGGCCAGGCGAUCUACCUGGGCUGGGCAUCUGCGGUUAUUCUGAUGAUCAGCGGGGCCGUGCUGAGCAGCACCUGCCCCCAUAUCGAGAGCGGAGGAGGGGAGUACCGCCGGGGGUACAUGGGCCGGCGCUUUCCUAACACGCGCCCCUCCCCCCUCGCACCUGAUCCUCCGAAACCGAUCACCUCCAACAGCGUGCCCCUAAAGGAAUACGUGUAGUCCAGAGAAAAGAUGUGAAGAAGAAUGUCAACAGGGUUGGAGUAUGGGAAGGCGCAAGGUUGAGAACGAGAAGAGGAAGUAGAAGGCUGGAGAAGGAAAAACUGUGACUUGACUGUAGUGGAGGUGUUGUGACGCAUUAGAUUUGAAACUCUACUCUGCAGUUCUCUCGCAUUCUUCUACCGUGAUGCAUUUUGAUGUACUGUAAAUAUUUAUUUCAAAUGUAUUUUGUCACGGCCUCAAUUUUAUAUUUAUAUAUAUAUAUAUAUAAUUGAGGCUGUUUCCAUAAUGCCUAUCAUUAUCCGCCUCAUGUAGUAUUCCCUUAUUGACUUUAUUACACUGUGAUAUUUGGUAUUAGUGCGUGGACAGAUCACAAUAUUCUGCCUGGAAGACACGACAUCAAUCACCUUAAACACCUUUAAGAUGUUAUGGUUUUGUGACUUGUGGUGUGAAGACUGGAGUGAUUUCUUUCACAAUUCUUCUCAGAUGACUAUUAAAUCUGUGAAAUAAUUCAGUCUCGGCACUACUUCAUUGAGUUUGAAUAAGUCAAAAUUGUAACAGAAUAAACUGUUUUAUUCCAAGGG